UCCGCUUUCCACGCACGGAUAACAAGAGUGGCAGCGCGUUCUGGAUAGAGCGAGGAGCGAGUGGAAGAAGAGAGGAGGAAAAUUAGGAAGAAGAGGAAAAAGUGAGAGGAAAACAAGCAGAAAAGACGCACAAGUGUUUUUUUCCCCCCAACUGGACAGAGAGAAGAAGAAAGUGAGUGUGUGAGAGGGAGACAGAAGGAGAGAGUGUGUGUGCGCUCUUCACCACUCUCCACUUCUUCCAUCACCACCACCACAAAUGUCGCUCCCCGGCUCCCCUCCGCUCCUCUCGCCGGGCUCUGGCGCCCCAACUCCGGCCGCGCUCUACCGCUCGGCCCCGGACGCGCUCCACACCUCCGCCGCCUCCACCGGCACCUCCAGCCCGGGGCACACCAACUCCCACUCUCACUCACACUCGCUGUCCCCAUCUCCGCGGCUCACCAGCAGCAUGCUCAGCGCUUUCCUGCCCGGACCAGGGGGCGCACUGGCCGGAUUGGGCAACGGCGGCGCCGCCCCGCUUGUGUCCGGAGGCGGUGCCGCUCUGGGUCCUCUCGGAGGGCUCGGCUCGCUGAACGCAACCGGCCUGACCCCCGGCUCCCCCGGGUUGGCGCAGACGUCCUCCAGCCCGGGUCUUUGCAGCGAGUGCAAGCUGGUGGAGGUGCACGGCGUGAAGGUGGCCAGCUUCAGCGUGGACGGCCAGGAGCUCAUCUGCCUGCCGCAGGUGUUCGACCUCUUCCUGAAGCACCUGGUGGGCGGGCUGCACACCGUUUACACCAAGCUGAAGAGGCUGGACAUCGCGCCGGUGGUGUGCACCGUGGAGCAGGUGCGCGUCCUGCGGGGGCUCGGCGCAAUCCAGCCCGGCGUGAACCGCUGCAAGCUCAUCUCCCGGAAGGACUUCGAGACGCUGUACCAGGACUGCACCAGCGCCAGCUCUCGUCCGGGCCGUCCUCCGAAGCGUUGUUCUGGUGCAGGGAUCCAGGAAAGCCCCAGGCUGCUGCACCCGGGCCUCCCCGGCCUGCUGUCCCCCAACCUGCUGUCACACACCGGCCUGACAGCAGCAGCCAUGGCCGAGCUCCAGAAGUUGCAGAAGAUGAAGAUGAUGAUGAGUCUCCAGAACGGCAACGAGUCGGAUAAUGACGACUUACACUCCAACACAGGAGGGAGUGAGUGUUCCUGGGAUAAGGAGCGUCUGACCAGCCCCCCUGCUGGAGCCCACAGUGGAGGACCAGGAGGUGGCGGAGGAGGCGGUGGUGGAGGAGCAUCAGUAGGAGGAGGAGGAGGAGGAGGAGGUGGUGCAGCAGGUGGAGGAAGUGGGCGGGGCCCGGCCAUUGGAGCUGUCAGUCAACAACAACUGCAGCAGCAGCAACAGCUACUGGCCAACAGGCUGGACCUGCCCUUCAUGAUGAUGCCCCACCCUCUGCUUCCCAUGGGUCUGCCGCCUGCAUCUGUAGCCAUGGCGAUGUCGCAGAUGAACCACCUCAACACCAUAGCCAACAUGGCCGCCGCUGCCCAGCAGAUACACACUCAUGUACACCGGGCACCUGUCAUCAAGGAGAGAGUGUGCGACAGUCCUUCCCUCUCUCCAUCUGUCGACGAGACCAACACUCCACUGCAGUCGCAGCCCAGCAGCUCGGCCUCCAGCUCGCCUGAAAGACUGGGAUUGGUGUCAGCUGAUGCAGAUGUUGCGCUGACCAACCCAGCUGCACCCAUCAAGAAAAUAACAAAGGACAAAGAAGAGUCUUCACUGGGUCAAGCCCUGCCCCCAGGCUUCCCUGCUCCGUUCCUAUUCGCUGACGGCCUGUCGUCUGUGGAGACACUGCUCACCAACAUACAGGGCCUGUUGAAGGUGGCGGUGGAGAACGCCCGGGUGCAGGACAAACAAAUCCAGGCGGAGAAAAGAGAGCUCAAGAUGGAGCUGUACAGAGAAAGAGAGAUGAGAGAGAGUCUUGAACGACAGCUCACCUCUGAACUACAGAGCAGAGCCUCCAUCCAGAAGCGUCUGAAGAAGGAGAAGAAGGCCAAGAGGAAGCUGCAGGAGGCGCUGGAGUUUGAGUCGAAGAGGAGGGAGAGAGUGGAGGACGCUCUCAAACACUCGUCCUCGUCCUCCCCGUCUCCUGAGCCGCUGCAUGCCGCCAACAACAAGAAGAAUGACGCUGCUGUAGCCGAGGAUAAGCCUGAAGUUAAUGGAAACCAGCAAGACAACGGCGCUGUACAAGACUCCCGGUCGUUUCUGAAGACCCCCAUGAUGUUCUAGAAAGAAGGACUCCGCCUCCAGAAACCCCGCCCCCAUUCCCCUCUUCCCCCCUCCUGCACAGAAGAACUCCACCAGCCCGUUUCCACAGCAACCACGGCUUCCACGGCAGCCUGGAUUCACCAUGGCAACGACCUCCCCAGGCGGGAAAUCUAAUCUUUGCUACGCGCAGACUUUUUGAUGUUGCUAUGAAACAAUGAGACUACUAAAGAGGGCGCACACCCCUGAUUUGGACUCAGUGGGGUCGUCUGUCUCUCUGUCUUUACUUCCUUCUUCUCUUUCUUCUUCUUUUUAGACAAAACUCACUCCAUUCAUUCCUCUUUUUCUCUCCCUGCACCGGGACUUCUGCAUCCUGCGUUUGUUUCACAAACUGAAAGAUAAAAAUCAUUCCCGAGCAACGGCGAGGAAAACCAUAAAGCAGACGGACCGGACUGACGUCGACGUGUUCUCACGAAUCAACUUGGAGAAUAACACCAGGGAUCAUUGUGAUUGGGAAAUUCCAGACUUUUAAAUGUGAUCCACGGGACCAAACGAGUGUUUCUGAUUGGUGCCGGAAAGACAAGAGUGGAUUAAUAGAAAGAUUAAACAAUCUUAGAAGGAAAAAUACGAUUUAAACCCCUUUGGAUUGGAAGCAACUUAAGUCAACCUCACUGGCUGGCUGUCAACACCCCUCUGAUUGGACGGUAAUCAGCUAAUCGGAGGAGCUCAGGACUGGAGGAGGAGGAGAGGUUUAGAAAAAGAAAGAAGUGUAAAAAAAAUAUUGGGACGGGGUUUUAAAAAACAGAGGAAAACAACUUGGGAGGCUAUUUCUGUCUCUCAUGUUUCAUUCAUUUUUGUUUUCCGUACAGGGACUGAAAAGAAUGCAUGGGAAAACUUUUCUUAUGUUGUCAUUUGGCUUAUUUUAUCCUCCGUACACUCCUUACAUCCAACUCUCUUUCUCUCCUCUUCCCCCUCUCACUCCUCUUUCUUUUCUAUAAAUCAGCUCCUCUUCCUCUAAUAUCUCCUCCCCCUUUCCUUGCUUCCUCGGUAUCUAUCUUUCCUUUAUUCUCUUCUCUUCUCUGUCUCUGUAAGGAGGCGUUACUCUGAAAAUGUUGGAUGCAGCUUUUCGAUGUAUGAAGUUUUUUCUAUCACCCUUAAUAACCUGUGAAAUCAGUUUCUCAAAUGAUUCAAAAGUUCAAAAAAAGAAACCCUUUUUUUAUUACAAUGGAGUGAUUUUUAGACACAAUAUUAUAUCCUAAAAAAGGUACGUUGAAUUCUCUUCCUCGACUUUGGACGUUUUCACCUUUUGACCCCCCCGUGAGCAGGAAGUAGUGGUCAAGUUUCUGGUGUUUGUCAAAUGUCAGACGAGAAGCGCUUGGUUUGUCAUUUUAAAACUACAAAAACAUUUUAAGUUAGAUUCGAGAGAACUUAACCCUGAUCACCCCCUUCAAAGUGACAAAGAGCACUUCAGGUGUGAAAAUCAAGCGCUCCUCAGCCACAACAAACGCAAGGAACUUUUUAUUCCCCUGAUUUUCUGACCUACUAAGAGUGCAGACUGUUGUGUUGCGGUUUUGUUUAUUCCACUGCGUGUUUUAUUUGUUUGUUUAUUUGUUGAUUACUAUUUGAAAUGUGUACGGGAGGGAUGGAGGGGGUGGGAGGG